AUGAGUGUUAAGUAAACAAAGAAACAAAUAGCUAGCUUAGUGGUUAAUUGCUGCUCUAAAAAAACCAGUAUUAAGAAGUUUUUCGAACUUAUCGAGGUUUAACAAAGCCAUUACACUGACUUCUCCUAUUCAGGAAAUGGUGCAUUUUCAUUUGUGCUAAAAUCGACCAACAAAAAGACAGGCUAAAUCGUAGCUCUGAAAGUGACUGAAUGUGAUGAUAACGACAUAAAUGGUAUGAAGCAGGUUGAUGAAGAAUAUAGACUGCUUAGAUAAUUUUCUAACUGUAAAUACAUCGUUUAGGUAUUUAAUUGUUUCUUUUUAACAGAAGAAGAAAGUUCAGAUGAAGAGAGCAGUAAUGAUGAUAGCGAGGAGAUCAAAAAACAAAAAAAAGAAAAAAAUCUGUUCUUUGUAGUUGAGCAAGAGUUCUGUUAAACAAAUUUAGAAAAUUUCUUCACUCAAUGCAGAUUAAAAAAAUCAUAUCCAUGCUAACAAUAGAAAGAAGUUAUGGCAAUUUAAAUGCUUGAUUCUAUAGCUUAUCUUCACAGAUUUGAUUUACUUCAUAGGGAUAUCAAACCAUCUAAUUUUCUUCUUUCAUUAGAUGAGAAGGAAAUUCCUACUGUCAAGAUAUGUGAUUUGUCUUUUGCUUCUGCUCUUAAGAACAAUAAAUCCAGAAUUACAGUUUCUAAAAUUAAAGGAACUUAAGCUUAUUUUGCUCCAGAAGUAGAAAAAGGCAUUUACAAAAAAGGGUCAGAUAUUUUCUCAUUAGGAAUAGUUUUGUUAGAGUUAGAUAAUAUGGCAAUUUUUAAUUUUAACGAAACUACAAAUGAAGAUAAAUUAGAAAUUAAAUUUGCUAAGAUUUUCCCUAAUUAUUAGAUUGACAGACAAUCAUAUAUCUACAAGAUAGCUUAUUAAUGUCUAAAUUACUAUGUAGAAAAUCGAAAAUAAGCCAUAGAUUUACUCAUUCAGUUCAUAUAAGAAAACUAAAAUUAUUUAGCAGUUGAACUUUCUUCUGUAAUUAACAGAUCUUAAUUAUUGCAGAAAUCAGAGCAACUAAGCUAAAUUCAAAAAUCUAUUAUUGAAAAAUAAUAGAAAAAGAAGAGUGAAAUCUUAGAACUCUCUUAAUCAUCCAAAAAUCAAAAACAUUUCAAAAAUUUAAUCUAAAUGUUUGAUGUCCUUCAGUAAAAACCCUUUAAGGCAUAAGAAUAUGAAACUAUUCUAAAGUUACUUUAGAGUAUUCCUAAAUAUGACAGCAAUUUUGAAUUCAUUUCUGUAGGUGCGAAAGGUUUGGUCCUUGGAACUUUUAACAAAACUUUAGGAUUUAAAACAGUUUUAAAGAUUCAAUAAGUUCAAUCUAAACAUGAAGUUGUUCAAGAAGUUGGAAUCAUGAGAGAUUGCUAAAUGCCUCUUGUCAUUAAGUUUUAUGGCUAUUUCUACUUGUCAGUCAAUAAAAAUGAUGAUUUUGUAGUUUAUGAGAUAGAGAAAUGUUCUGGUAACUUAAAAUAGUAUUUGACAAGACUUCAAAAAGAAAACAUUGCCCUUACUGAUAACCAAAAAAUGCAAAUUGCUGUAUAGAUUAUUGAUGUUGUAAAUUAUCUCAAUUAUAAUGGAAUUGUUCACAGAGAUAUCAAAUUAGAUAACAUUCUCUAUAUUGAAAGUUAAUCUGAUGUUCCCACAAUUAAAUUAGCCGAUUUUGAUCAAUCUAGAAAGCUGCCUUAUGAAUUGUAUUAUAGAGAUGAUGAAUUAGUUAAAGACUACUUUCCAGUAUAAGGAAUUAGUGGCACAUUUGGGUAUAUAGCACCAGAAUUUUUCUAAAACAUUUUGUACACUUUUGAGUGUGAAGUAUUCUCAGUUGGAGUUUGUCUUGCUUUAUUAGAUAAUUUUGAGAAAUUAGAACCUGUUAUUUUAAAAAAAGCACAAGAUUACUUUUUUGGAUUCAAAAUACCUUUUGAAUAAAAUUUUCAUGUAAAAGAAGAAUUAAUAAACAGAAAGAGUUAGAUUUAUGAUAUCCUACUAAAAACUGUUGUAUUUCAACCAAAUAACAACAACAUAGGCUCAGAUGGGGCGAAAGCAAUUGCUUCCGAAAUAGCUAAAUGUCCUACUCUCUCCACUUUAAGCCUUGACCUUGGUAAAAACAACAUAGGCUCAGAUGGGGCGAAAGCAGUUGCUUCCGAAAUAGCUAAAUGUCCUACUCUCUCCACUUUAAGCCUUGACCUUACGUUAAACAACAUAGGCUCAGAUGGGGCGAAAGCAGUUGCUUCCGAAAUAGCUAAAUGUCCUACUCUCUCCACUUUAACCCUUUGGCUUGGGGGGAAUAGUAUAGGCUCAGAUGGGGCGAAAGCAGUUGCUUCCGAAAUAGCUAAAUGUCCUACUCUCUCCACUUUAAGCCUUGACCUCUAGAUGAAUAGUAUAGGCUCAGAUGGGGCGAAAGCAGUUGCUUCCGAAAUAGCUAAAUGUCCUUCUCUUUAAGAUUUAAGGAUUGAUUUAAGGAAUAAUAAAUUGAAUGGGGAUGUUUAGUUUAUGAAUCUUUUACCAAAAGAUAUUUAAAUAAAAAUUAAACAUUUAAAUUAAGUAGUUUUUAAUAGAUUAAUAGAAAAUAAUUAAUUUGUAAAAUAAAAUUGA